UUUUACCACCACAGCGAAAUUUCCAUAUUCUGCCGCCGUGAGUUGAUUUGUUUUAUCCUUCCCAUUACAAGAGGCACUAGCACCACGACUCCUUCGCCCCACGUAUCAGACGUUUUCGUUCCAUAGAAUGAAAUGAAGCAGGAACUUUAGUCGCAGGAAUUAUGUUACGAAACUCGCCAUCCUUGGCUUUCACAACAGGGCGGACAGCCGCCCUUGCGGCCAAUAGGAUUGCGCGCUGCUGCGUCACGUGGCCUUUAUUUAUGUAACGUAAUGGUGUUACACAGUAACCCACCUUUGUGGCCGUGGGUGCGUCGAAACAGGGGUUAAAACGACUUCAAGAAACAGUACCAAUGGGGGAAUAUUCUGGUGCGGUUCGUGCAGCGUUUAUCGAGCUCGGAGCGGCGCGUUGAGUUUGGUUUUGUUCUCCGUGCGCCAAAGGGGAGGCACGUUAGGUGUCCCAAACCGAAGACGAAGUUGGAAUUGGACAGUGUCAAUGUAUACAUUUUUUUUUAAAAAUCUGCACAGGGAGUUAUUAAGGUAAGGACAAUUGCUCACAUUUAGCCGAGAAAAACAGAAAACCGCUCGGCUUCGAGCAGAUGUGAAAAGACACAUUUACGCAAUGCUGUAACACACACUCGCCUCUCCGUCCGCAUUGCUUUGACGACCAAAAACGGACACAGACACACUUGCCAUCGUGGGACGUUUUUUUUUCCUUCUUUUUUUUUUUCUGGUGACAUAACCCAUCCACCAUGGAUCUGCUGGAGUGUCCGCUCUGUCUCUUCCUGAUGUGCGAGCCGGUGACCAUGUCCUGCGGCCACACGUUUUGCCGGAGGUGCGUGGGGGGCUACCUCCCGUCCAAAUGCCCGUCGUGCAAAGAGAGGUUAAAACAAAAAGAGGCAAAAGGCAUGAAGAACAACGUUUUUCUCAUCGCCGUCGUGGAGAAGUGCUGCCCCGAGGAGACAAAGACCAAGUGCCAUUUACAGGAGAAGCUCAAAGCCAACGAGUUCCCGGAAGCUUUACGCAUCGCGAACGAGGGGCUGCAGUUAGCCCCCAACGAUCAAAGUCUGAAGCUGUAUCGGGCCGAAGCUAACGGGGGCCUGAUGCGUUUUUCCGACGCUCUGACGGACCUCGACGACCUCUGCUGCCUUCGUCCUAACUGGACUGAGGGCUUCUUUCGCAAAGGGGGUGUACUGCUGGAAAUGGGUCAGCAGACAGACGCCCUCGUCCAGUUCCACCGUUGCCUAAAACUUCAAGCUGACUUUACCCCUGCAAAGAGCCAGAUCAGGAAGAUCCUGGAGGUGGAAGGGAUGGUCGUGCCGGACGAGGUGUCCGGCAUCUUGCAAGUGGUGUCUGAGUACUUGAGAGGGCCCGGCCCCAUCACCAGCCUCAGUGGCUCCCAGGGGCCAUCUCAACCCAAGGGCCUCAAACAUCCACGUGGGGCAGGCGGAGAGGGAAAAGAGGGCAGAGCGGCACACCAGCACGACAUGGGUACCGAGUGCUGCCUCAGCCUCUGCCAAGCGGUUUCCUUCCUCCCGGCGGCCGAAGAGGAGGAGGAGAUGACGAUGAGGAGGGGCGAUGGCCAGGGCAUGGCGGGGCGAAAACACCACGAAACUCUGGAGGUUCUCAACGUGUCGGACUUUGAGUGCCCUCUCUGCAUCAGGUUGUUCUUUGAGCCAGUCACUACUCCCUGCGGUCACACCUUCUGUAAAAACUGCAUCGAGAGGAGUCUGGACCACAACCUGCGCUGUCCGCUCUGCAAACAGCCACUACAAGAAUACUUUAAAAACAGGAAGUACAACCCCACAGUUUUGCUGCAGGACAUCAUGACCCGACUUUUCCCCUCGCCGUUGGCGGAGAGGAAGCAAGUCCACGACGCGGAGAUGGCGGAACUGUCCAAUCUGACUACGGACAUCCCUAUAUUUGUUUGCACGGUGGCCUACCCUGGAGUGCCCUGCCCCCUGCACGUCUUUGAGCCUCGAUAUCGUCUGAUGAUGCGCCGCUGCAUGGAGACUGGCACAAAAAAGUUUGGCAUGUGCUGCUAUGAGCAUGGCAAGGGGUUUGCAGACUACGGUUGCAUGUUAGAAAUCCACAGUCUGGAGCUGCUGGCCGAUGGCCGCUCCUUUGUGGACGCGGUGGGCGGCAACCGAUUCAAAGUGCUGAAGAGAGGUCAGCGAGAUGGCUACCACACUGCUGACAUCGAGUACCUGGAAGACCUCAAGGUUGAUGGUAGUGAGUUGGAGCUUCUGGAGCAUCUCCAUGACAGCGUGUACCAGCAGGCUCAGGACUGGUACCAGCGCCUUGGCGGCCGCAUUCGCGAGCAGAUCAACAGACAGUACGGCAACAUGCCAGAAAAGGACGAAAACAUUCAGGCCUCGUCCAACGGACCGGCCUGGUGCUGGUGGAUGCUGUCUGUCCUCCAGCUGGACCCUGCCUAUCAAACCACUGUCCUGUCCCUGAGCUCGCUCAAGGACCGCUUGGGACACCUGCGCCUCGUCCUGGAGUACUUCUCUCAGAGCUAGGCCCCGCAGCGCCGUGGUAUUGUGACAACGCGAGAGUCCGUGGAAACCACUGAAAUGCAUCCACAUCGCAGAGCCGUUUCCGUCACAAACGCGCGCGGGCGUUCUUCUGAUGAACCCUGCAGUAAACGGGUCUAUAGCAGAACGAGGGAUCCUGUUACAAAACACAGUGCACUUGUACAAAGUUGGGUUUUUGCCGUCUGCAUGUCUUCUCUUUCUCACUGUUUUCUUUCCCGAGGGAUUCAAGGGUUCACAGUUCUUUCUUGACACACUUUGACACACACGACAGGGUCGACCAAAGGUACUCAUUGGGUAGGUCAGACAAAUUGUUUGAAUGGUACCGCUGAAAACAGGCACAAGGUGUCACUGUUGUUUCUCCAACUAUAAACACAAAGAACAUGCAGCUUCAGCCAAGCUGGUACGGUGUGCCGCACCGCCAUGUGUUGCCUCAUCAGACUCUUUGCAUUAACUUGGCUUUUGUUUGGAGUGAGAACAAACAAUAGCACAACACAAUUGGUGGAGGUUUUCUCAGAACCAAGCACAUCACAGGAUGGAAGGCUUCUAGGGACUCCUGAAAAGCAUCAGCCGCCUGUAACGAGUUGUUCUCUUUUCCUCCGUCGGCAUCUCCAUAAGAAUGUUAGUACGUUUAAAAUAUCACGUGGCAAGUGGUGUCGCCAGUGAUGGCCGGGUUAUUUAGCUCGGGUCACCCUGCAGGGCGUCUGUGUGGGUCUCAUCUCCUGCGUCCGGUCCUUUGAGUGCCUGGGCCAACUCGACCAGGAGACCUCUUAGUCCCAGCGUUCUCUACACCACAUCCGUGAUGCACAUUUUUUUUCCAUUGAUAUUUGUUGAUAAUAGUGCUACAUAAAAGUUUUUUUCUUUUUUUUUUAAACUUAAAUAAAUGUGCCAUGGAUAUUUCUAUGUUGUGUGUUUUCAAGGACUAGUAAGUUAAACGGUCACUGUGCUUAUGUCCGUCAUGGAUUUUGACCUUGGUCCUUGACCCUCACGCCUUCUGUAUAGUGGACAUCAAACUGCCAUCCGUCACGGCCAGCAUAUCACCUGAAACACUCAGGAUGAGUCCAGCAAACACCCUAAAAGAUGCAGUUUGUGUGAUGCGGAUCAGCACGGUGUUGUAGAUAUCGUUUUAUUAUAAUAAGGGGUAAACUUGAGACUUGAUACGCACAAAAAAAAUGUCCCAUAACGGGCCAACCGAUGGAUGGACUGAUAGACACUAUGGCAGCGUUGGUUGGGCGACAAACAUUUACAAUCUACUCGAGGGCAAAUAAGCCAUCUUUUUCACCACCUUCUAAGAUUCGGUCGAUCAGGUUUAGCUAACAUGCUGUUUAUGAAGUCAUUCGUGAUUGAAAUUGGCAUCAAAGACUUUAGUGUGCCAGUUGUCACAACAGGCUAGUUAGGUUGGUUUCAUGAAGAAGAAGAAAAAAAAAGAA